GACGCUCCUUCUCAUGGUCGUGGUCCAGGCUGUUCAAGGUGGUCUUUGGGCCCAGGACAACCUCAACAGGGUCAGGAAAGAUCUGGAGGAAAAGGGGGGAGAGCUGACUGAGAACUGAGCAGAAAAGUCAUACUGAAAACACACACUUCAACAUCAUCACAAGUUUCAGUCAUGGAUUGUGUUCCACACUGCGGAAACAGCAUUUCUCCAUCAGGUGUUGUAGCCUUCACAGCCAAGCUGAAUGUCAAUGACAGCUACCCAAAAGAAAGUGGAGUGCUGAAGUUUGCCACUGUGCUGGUCAACGAGGGAGGAGGCUACAGUCCUGGCACAGGCAUCUUCACCUGCCCCGUGGAUGGCUUCUGUCACUUUACUGUGCAUGUAUCUGUGUAUGGGCGUGGACAGUGUGCUAUAUUCAAAAAUGGAGAGAAAGUAGUGUCUUUGUACCACACCAAUCUGCCUGAUAAAUGCAGCCAAGUGGCCAGCAUCAGCAGUGUGAUCAAACUGUCUAAAAAAGACGAGGUCUGGGUGAAUAACUGGGGGCCUGGCAAAAACGAUAUCUUUGCAACUGAAGAUAAUGACACUGUCUUUGUUGGGGUUCGUUUGUUUUAUUGACUUGUCAAUGAAAUGUCAAUAAAGUUCUUGGCUGUUUACUGAAA